AUGUCUGACUGGGAGGAAGAGAGUGAGCCUUGGGUACCACCUCCCGUUAGCAGGCCGCGCUCCUACCGACAGGGAGUCGGCAAUGGAAGAGGUUGGAGCGUAGGGCAGGGCCGAGGCCGCUGGGCAGAGGAAGGAUCCAGGGGGAAUGGCGAUCCGCCCAGGAACAGAGAGACCUGGAAGCAGGGCGGCAGCACGCCGGUGUGUUUCCGCCUGGACAGCUCGCUGGUCGGCAUGGUCAUAGGACGUGGAGGAGCUAAAAUAAAGGAACUUGAAGAGUUAUCUGGUGCAAGGAUAAAAAUUGUAAAUGAUAACUAUGACUCUGAGGUCAAAUUAUUUGGCACAAGGGGUCAGCAAGAUAAAGCAAAGGAAUUGAUAAAUGAUCUUGUCAAAAGUUCAGGAAAAGAAGCUGUUUAUGAGUACAGUGAAAUCCCUGAUUCCACAGAGAGCACCACUCCUCCACGUGCGACAGAGAAACCGACUGCUAAAAUUGACUGGGCUUUUGCUCUUAAACAAGCGGCGAUAUAUGAAGCCACAAAGUGGGCUGAUGUUCCGCAAAUUAAAAAAAAUUUCUAUGUGGAAUCCAAGAAAAUUUCAGCUAUGUCCAAAGAUGAAGUCCUUAAGUGGAGAAAAGAAAAUAAUAACAUAAUGUGCACUGACUUAAAUGAAAACGAACAGCGAUCCAUUCCAAAUCCGGUCUCGGACUUUGAAGAUGCUUUCAGUCCAUUUCCUGAAGUGAUGAGUGCGUUAAAAGUUGCUGGGUUUAAAAAACCUACCCCGAUUCAGUCCCAGGCUUGGCCAAUUAUACUGCAGGGAACAGACCUUAUUGGCAUCGCCCAGACGGGCACAGGCAAAACCUUGGCAUACUUACUUCCAGGUUUUAUUCACCUGGAUCUUCAGCCAUGUACUGGAGAUCAGCGUGGUGGGCCUGGCAUGCUAGUGCUUGCUCCGACUCGUGAACUAGCUCUUCAAGUUCAAGAAGAAUGUUCAAAAUAUAAAUACAAAGGCUUUAAAAGUUUAUGUGUUUAUGGUGGCGGAGAUCGUAGGAACCAGAUCAGUGUAGUCACCGAAGGAGUUGAUAUUAUUAUAGCUACCCCUGGACGAUUACAUGAUCUUCAAAUGAACGAUAUAGUUAAUUUAAGAAGUAUAACCUACAUGGUUUUAGAUGAAGCAGAUAGAAUGCUAGAUAUGGGCUUUGAACCACAGAUUAAAAAGAUCUUAAUUGACAUAAGACCCGAUAGACAGACAGUCAUGACAAGUGCUACAUGGCCUGAUGGUGUACGUCGUCUUGCAAAAUCUUACUUAAAAGAUCCAAUGAUGGUAUAUGUGGGGACGCUUGACUUAGCAGCUGUAAAUACAGUAGAGCAGAAAGUGCUGGUUAUUCCAGAAGAAGAAAAGAAGGCUUUUACACGACAUUUUAUAGAUUGUUUGAAGCCAGAAGAUAAGAUCAUAAUAUUUGUUGGAAAAAAGUUAAUGGCAGAUGACCUUGCAAGUGAUUUAUGUAUUCAAGGAAUCCAAUGUGAAGCUCUGCAUGGAGGCAGAGAGCAGUGUGAUAGGGAGCAAGCUCUGGAUGAUUUUAAAGAAGGGAAAGUCAGAAUAUUAAUAGCUACUGAUUUGGCUUCACGUGGACUAGAUGUUCAUGAUAUUACUAUUGUUUUCAACUAUGAUUUUCCUCGUAAUAUCGAAGAAUAUGUGCAUAGAGUUGGACGCACAGGAAGAGCUGGACGUUUUGGAGAGUCCGUUACUUUGGUUACUAGAAAUGACUGGAGAGUUUCAGAGGAGUUAAUAAAUAUCUUGGAACGUGCAAACCAGGAAGUUCCAGAGGAACUUUUUCAGAUGGCAGAGCGUUACCGGGAAUUUAAACAGAGGAAAAAUCGAGAACGCGAUAUGAUGCCCAACAGAGGAAGAUGGCGUGACAGUCGUUGAUAUUAAUAUAGCCAAAUGGUGACAUAUUUUGCAACCUUCAAAUCUAUAGAUGUUUUUGUUUGUGUUUUUUUAUGACUGGCAAAUACGUUAUAUGGUG